AUGAAGGCUACAUUACAUGUUCUUCGAUAUUUGAAGACUGCCCCUGGAAAUGGUUUGCUUUAUUCAGCAAAUAAUAAUUUGGACCCCGAUGGGUUUGCAUAUUCGAAUUGGGAAACUUGCCCAGAUACCAGGCGUUCAAUUAUUGGAUUUUGUGUGUUCUUAGAAAUUUCCUUGGCAACUUGGAGAUCAAUGAAACAAAGGACUGUAUCGAGAUCGAAGCAUAUAGAGAUAGACUUCCAUUUGAUACGAGAGAAUAUCAAUGAUGGGUUGAUUAAUCUCCUUCAUAUAUCUUCAUCAGCUCAGUUAGCAGACUCUUUCACAAAGAGCUUAUCAACAAGACCUUUCAAGAACCUAGUUAGCAAGUUGGGUGUUCGAAAUGUUUACCUCCCAACUUGA